AUGGCUGAAAGAGAUUGUUCCAAAUGUUUCUUAUGCUUUUUCAAUCUAAUAAUAUGGCUGGUAGGUGUUGCCUUGAUCGUUUUUGGUGGUUACUUGAUGGGAGUAUAUGGAGACUAUACAUCUGUUUUAAAUGAACAAUAUACUGUAUUGCCGUUUGGCAUCAUUAUCGGAGUCGGUGUGCUAUUUUUCUUCUGUGCUGUUCUUGGUUGGUGUGCAGCGAGCAGAAAUUCGCGUGCAUGUUUUGGAGUGUUUUUCUUUAUCCUGUUUGCCAUCUUUGCCAUGGAAAUUGCAGCAGUUGCUUUGGGCGUUUUCUUCAAAUCGAAUAUAUCGGAUUUCAUUGGUAAAGAUUUAGAAAAUGCCAUCAAGAAUUACGAUACACAUAAUGACCAUGGCAUCGACAGAAUCGUUGAUAAAAUUCAGGAAUUGUUUCACUGCUGUGGUAACCACAACUACACCGAUUGGUCCAGCUCUCCAUUUGAUCAUGUUUACCCUGCGUCCGUACCGGAUAGCUGUUGCAAAAAUAGAACUUCUGGAUGCGGGAAUGAUUCUCUAUCUUUACCACGAAAUCAAGCUGGCGAAAUAAUUUAUAUCGAGGGUUGCCACGACGCGAUCUUUAAUGUCGCUCAUGACGAUAUGGGUAUCAUUAUCGCAGUCGCUGCUUCUUUUGCCGCAAUUCAGAUAUUAUGCAUGAUUUGUACUGUCUUCAUAAUGUGCAGAAGAUCUAAUGAUAGACUCAUUAGUGGCUAUGAUAUCCUUGGAGAUGGUGUUGUGGCAUAA